AAUCUUCGAAGCCCUCCAUCCCCCCAAACAUGGUAGCCCUAAAACUUCUUCAGCAAUGCCGGAUUUCUCCACCGCCGUCCACCGUUCCCCGGCCGCCUCUCCCCCUCACCUUCUUCGACAUACCCUGGCUCAACGUCAAUCCCGUCGACCGCCUCUUCUUCUACCGUUUUCCUCACUCGACCGCCGAGUUUCUCGAGUCUCACCUCCCCAAUCUCAAAUCCUCCCUCUCCCUCACCCUGAGCAGUUUUUACCCCCUCGCCGGAACCAUUCGCCGGUCCUCUCCGGAUGACAAUCGUUUCGAACUCUGUUAUUGUGAGGGUGACUCUGUUUCUCUCACUGUAUGCGAGUUUGAAAAUAUCAAUUUUGAGGAGUUUUCCGGCUAUCACCGGCGGCCGUUUGGGAAGCUGCUUUUGUUGGUUCCUUCGCUGCAUAAGUCUGACGAAGCACAGCCGGUGUUCGCCGUCCAGAUUACCCUGUUCCCCAACAAAGGCCUCUGCUUAGCCGUCACAACACACCACGCCGCCUGCGACGGCUUCAGCUCCAUCCACUUCCUCAAAUCAUGGGCCGCCGCCGCCGGCCGCUCCGCCCCUCCUCCUCCCCCAUCCCUCCACCGCUCCUCCAUCCCCGAUCCCCGUUCCCUCUACUCCAAACUCGCCCACAUAGUCCUCCAACAAUCCCUUCCCCACCACCCCCACCCCCUGUCCCCAACCCUAGCCGCCGCCACCUUCACUCUCCCCUCCCAGAAAAUCCAAAACCUGAAACUCAAACUCCACUCUCGCUUCCACAUUUCCACCUUCGUUAUCUCCUUAGCCCAUUCCUGGACCUGCCUCCUCAAAUCCAAGGAGAACGAUGACGACCCCCACCGCGUCGCCCAUCUCUUCUUCUCAGUCGACUGGAGAAACAGAAUGCGGCCGCCGCCUCCGGCGAACUACUUCGGUAACCUCUUGGGGUGCCCAUGCUUUGUUGAAGCCAAGGUGGGAGAUAUUGUUGAGGAAAAAGAUGGGUUUUUAAGGGCGUGUGAGGCGAUAGGGAGAGCGAUUGAGGGGAUUGGAGAUGAUGUUUAUGAGGGAAUGGAAGGGGUGAUUGGGAAGGUGAUGAAGAUUCUGCCGCACCGACCGUUGUCGAUUGCAGGUUCGCCGAAGCUGAGGGUUUAUGAGUGUAAUUUUGGGUGGGGGAGGCCGGAGAAGGUGGAGGUGGCGUCGAUUGGGGGAAUGGGAGCUUUUUCCAUGGCGGAGAGUAGGGAUGAUGGGGGAGGGGUUGAGAUUGGUGUGGUUCUUCCGGAGGAUGAGAUUGCUAGAUUUGGGAUUCACUUUAAUAGGUUUCUGAGCAAGUGUGAAGAAAAUAUUAUCUCUUGUUAAUUGUUGGAUGGGUGGACAAUGGUAUGGAUUGUAUGUGUUUGAUGACAUGAUGCGGUUCACUCUAUCGUUGGCACGUGAUUCAAACAUAUUGUUUUCCGAUAAGUGUGAUUGCCGGAUUUGGGAUGCAGUUUAACAGUUUUUUGAGCAAGCGUGAAGAAAAUAUUACGUCUUGUUAAUCGUUCGAUGUGUGGAUGAUGAUGUGGAUUGUAUCGUGUUAUGUGUUUGAUGACAUGAUGCGAUUCACUCUAUCCUUCGCACGUGAUUCAGACGUUAGCACGUGAUCCAGACGUAUUGUUUUCCGGUAAGUGUGAUUGCUAAAUUUGUGAUGCAAUUUAACAGGUUUCUGAGCAAGUUUGAAGAAAAUGUUACGUCAUGUUAAUCAUUGGAUGUGUGGACGAUGAUGUGGAUUGUAUCGUGUUAUAUGUUUGAUGACAUGAUGCGAUUCACUCCAUCGUUCGCACGUGAUCAAGACGUAUUGUUUUCUAGUAAGCGUGAUUGAUGCCUGAAUGAUUAAUUGUAGCUAACCGGGUUAUGAAAGUCUUAGUUUGUGUUUGCGUCCAA